AGGGGAAGAUAAAUGCGAGUGCGCAACUGCUGGCCAGCGAUCCACUUCUUUUAAAAGGGGAUCUCUUCAGCUUACUCAGCAGUACACUUUCGGUGACUCCACAGACAAGGACGUGUAAAUCAGUAAUUUGGUUCGCAAUGCAGUCGCCGAAGGACAGUUCACUCGCCGCGGCUCAGGUUCCAGCGCAGUCGGGAGCAACGGACGAGGCUCAGGCGGCCUCCCAGCCGAGGAGCCCUGCCAGGGACGUGUUGCCGCCCUCUUCGCCCAGCUCCGUUGCGCCGUCCUCGUCCGCCUCUACCUCGUCCUCUACCUUGUGUUUGUCCUUACCUGAGGACGGGCUCCCCUCCGCGCAGACGGCGGCCAACUGCUGUGUGUUUGCGCACCGCGUGCGUAGCCUGCCCGCGGUGCAGGCUCUGCUGGGCGCGUAUGCCAGCGCAAAGACCUACCCGGUGGUGGGCUGGGCCUUAUCGGUGGGGGAGGAGUCGGCCUUGCUUGCUGCCGUGGUGUGCAGGCCGGUGGCUGUAGUGUGCCGAGCGCCAGUGUUCUGUGCUGACUGGUGUCUGUGCAAGGCCCUAGACGUUGCUGAGGCGGUCUUUCCGUGCCUGUCCAUGCGUCCCAGCCAGGUGUACUACGGCGCUCAGGAACGUGUGACGAGCUGCGUGUGCUGGCUUCCCCGUGCAACUGCACGAUCCUUUUCAAUGGUUUGUGGAGGAUCUCGGAACUGAAAAACGCUAUAUCGUAUUUGUUUAUAAAUAGUUUUAAAAUUGUCGAAAAUACUCUAAUUUAUAUUGCAUGUUACAUUUUUUUAUGAGCAUUAAAGAACUUAAUGUAAACUUGUUUACUUUACUUCUUAAAUUUCA